CUCCGAAGUCUGGCGGCAAGUCUUAUGGUGUGCUCCAAACCUUCCUCGCGUUUCAACAUCACUAUUACAAUUCACAGAAAGCAUCCUUCGAGUCUUUCUACCGAAACUCGUAUUCACUUCCCUCAAACGCUCCAGGAACAAUGUCCAUGGAUUCAGAGUCAGAAGAGAUACUUCCAUCCGCCCUUGGGGCCCAAGAGCGUGAGAGAGCAACCGGUCUUGCGAGUUACAUUUCGUUCCAACCAGGAGAUACCCUGAAAGAUGGGCGCUAUCGGCCAUUUCGCAAGCUUGGUGAAGGAAAUUUUGCGUCCGUUUGGUUGGCGAGGGAUACUCUUCUGGACAGAUAUGUCGCCAUAAAGAUAGGUCUCGCUUGGCGACUACAGGCACAGGAUCGGGAGCUUUCGCUUCUUCGGCAACUAAAAGAUCGCCCUAUACCAUCUCACCCAGGAGAAAGGCAUGUCGAAGCUCUCCUAGAUGAUUUUCAUCACGAAGCGCAAAAUGUCACUCACCCGUGUCUCGUAUUCAAACCGUUCGGUCGCGACUUGGACGGACUGGUCGCAGGCUUCCGAAUGGACCGACAUCAGCCAUAUCCAUUUGCGAGGAAGGUUUGCAUCCAAGCAUUGCUGGCUGUCAACUACCUCCAUCAACAAAAUAUCAUGCAUGGCAAUAUUCAAGCCCACAACCUGCUACUGGAUCUGACCUACGACAUUGACAAGGAGUCCGAGGAUGAGAUUCGUGCGAAAAACACCAAAGGCAAUGAGCUCAAUGAGCCAGACGAGCCAUUUCCACUCGACGACAGAACCCUCAUUUCUGCCACCUCUCCGACCAACGCAAGAGCUGUUCUAGUAGAUCUAGGCUGCGCCUCCACUCCAGCCAAUGCUUGGAGCAACAGAUACGGUUAUCCAGUCCCGUAUCGCGCACCGGAAGUGGUGGUCCGAGGCGACGUGAAUUAUAGAGCCGAUAUAUGGGCCCUCGGCUGUCUGGUCUUCCAGAUCAUCACGGGGGCUCCAUUGUUCGUCAUCGAGGGCUGGGGAGACCCUGACCAAACGAACAUCGAACAUAUGUAUGCCUUCAUUGAGAUGUUGGGACCUUUACCAAAGUCUCUGCGCGAUUUCUGGUCAGCCGCCGAUGAACAUGUCAAUAUUGAGGGGGAGCUACUUAGACCCUUCCCAGAAGAUGAGAGGACAUUGCCUCUCACUGGAUCCAUAAGAGAGGAGAGCCCGGAAGGAAUGAGCCAGGAGGAGGUAUCGGCGUUUGCUGAAUUCAUGGCGAUGAUGAUUUGUUUCGAUCCAGAGGAGCGAGCGUUGACAGAAACCCUUCUACAGCAUAGAUGGGUCACCGAGUUUGCAGUCGACAGAUAA